AUGGGUACACAUACGGCAAAAAAGUCUACUAACUGAAACUCAUCAAGAGAUAUAAAGAAACAAGUAAGACAGUUUGGUGAAAUUAAGGAAGACACGACAACACCGAAUAAUGUACUUACUGAACCAUUCAGACCUCGCGAACUUAAAGCUGUGAUAAAACAGCUAAAGUGCAAAAAGUCUCCUGGCGAAGACGGUAUUCAUCCAGAAUUUCUAAUUAGAAUGGGACCAAAAGCCAAGUAUCACUGGCUUUCCCUCGUUGUCUUUAGGGCUGGACAUCGAAUCAGGUGUUUUGCCAAGCAAUCGUGUCCGUUACGAAGUCUAAACUCAGCAACGGUUUCGAUUCGUGGCCAGUCGGGUAUGUCGGAGAGUGCCAGUGUCCACUGUUUCUUCUUUGUUCGAGCUUUAAGCUUUCAUUGUGUGGAAAGACAUCGGCCGGUCCAUGCAUCCCAAAAUCGUUGUCCCCUUCUUAGCAAGUGUGUCAGCAAGCUCAUUGCCUUUAAUGCCAAAGUGGCCAGGAAUCCAUUCUGUUUUGGGUGCUCUCUGUUUCCAAUUGAGUUUAUUGCUGACUGUGAGUCCGAAAGUAUCACCGCUUUGGUGAAUUUCGUAUCCAGGCAACAUAAUUGGCCUAGUGCUAACUUAAUGGCCUCUAUUUCUCCUUCAAAAGCGGAUCUAUUGUGUCCCGCUGCUGCGUAG